CAGUCCCGAAGACAUCAUGGCCAAGCUCAUUGUUGUCACAGGUCUGGCAAUUCUUCUGAAUGUACAGCUGGGAUCAUCCUAUCAGCUGAUGUGCUACUAUACCAAUUGGGCUAAGAACAGGCCAACAGUAGGGAGUUUCAAACCUGGCAAUAUUGACCCCUGCCUGUGUACUCACCUGAUCUAUGCCUUUGCUGGGAUGCGGAAUAAUGAGAUCAUCAACACAAGUGAGCAGGAUUUGACUGACUAUGAAGCAUUAAAUGGCCUGAAAUCCAGGAACACGGAGCUAAAAACUCUCCUGGCCAUUGGAGGAUGGAACUUUGGAUCUGCCUCGUUCAGUACUAUGGUCUCAACUCCUCAGAACCGUCAGACAUUCAUUAAGUCAGUCAUCAAAUUCCUUCGCCAGUAUAAGUUUGAUGGCCUCAACCUGGACUGGCAGUACCCUGGGUCUCGUGGAAGCCCUCCUAAGGACAAACAUCUCUUCAGUGUCCUGGUGAAGGAAAUGCGUAAAGCUUUUGAGGACGAAUCCGCUGAGAAAAACAUUCCAAGGCUGCUCCUCACUGCCACAGUAGCUGGUGUCAUUGCCACAAUCCAGUCUGGUUACAAGAUCCCUGAACUCUCUCAGACUCUUGACUAUAUUCAGGUCAUGACAUAUAAUCUCCAUGAUUCCCAGGAUGGCUGCACUGGAGAAAAUAGUCCCCUCUAUAAGUCUCCCACUGACUCUGGAAAUAAUGCCUAUCUCAAUGUGGAUUCAAUCAUUACCUACUGGAAGGAAAAUGGGGCGGCUCCUGAGAAGCUCAUUGUGGGAUUUCCAGCAUAUGGGCAUACCUUUAUCUUGAGUGACCCCUCUAACACUGGAAUUGGUGCCCCUACUGUUUGUGCUGGCACACCAGGGAAGUACACAGGUGAAGGAGGACUCUGGGCUUACUAUGAGAUUUGUACAUUUCUGAAUGAGGGAGCCACUGAGAGCUGGGAUGCCUCCCAGGAAGUACCCUAUGCCUAUCAGGGCAAUCAGUGGGUUGGCUAUGAUAAUGUCAAGAGCUUCAAGAUGAAGGCUCAGUGGCUCAAAGACAAUAAGUUAGGAGGUGCCAUGGUCUGGCCCCUGGACAUGGAUGACUUCACUGGUUCUUUCUGUCACCAGGGAAGUUUCCCUUUGACUUCUGCUUUAAAGAGAGAUCUGAAUGUACGCAGUGCAAGUUGUUACACCUCUUAUCCAGGGGAGCUCUAGCCAGUAAUUUGUCCUGGAAACUGUCAGAAUAAAAGCAAGUUCAACAGCCUUUCCACAGAUGACUCUGCAUCACCCUUCCAUGGAGAAUAAUAGCACUAAGUCCUGGGCUUGCCAGAAUUGAAUCCCAGAGUAGUACUACUAAGAUGGAUGUCUUGUCUGCUAUACCAGCUGGGAAGAAACAAAGAAUGAUCUUCAUCUGUCGGCUCUGGCUAAGCUCUGAACAUUUUCUUUUGCUUCCUGUAAAACCACCUUGCUUGUUUCUUGCUUAUCAUAAUAAAUUGCACAUU